UGCUGUAGAAUUUUACAUGUAUUACUGUAAUCUUAUAAAGAAUAAAGAAAGACCAUUCGUAUUCUGUUCUUACAAUGGAAAAGAAAGCAAUGUUUUGUGAGCUGUAAAGAAUGGCCUUUUGCCCGACAGAAGAGAAAAUAUAUGGCUACGAAGACUCUCGGUUUGAGAAAGAUGUCGACGAAAAUUUUCACUGUUCUAUCUGUUACAAUGUUCUCAAAGAACCAAGGAUGUGCAGAAAUAACGAACACAUCUUUUGUCUUGCCUGUAUCAGUGAACACCUUCGUGUAAACUCUCAAACUUGUCCUGAAUGUAACGAGCAUUUGAGCGUAGAUACGCUUCGCAGGGCACGUUUAGCGAGUAAUUAUUUGUCUAAGCUCAAGAUAAAUUGUGAUCAUGCCAGUCGAGGAUGUGCUGAGUUGACCUGUCUUGAAAAUCUCGAAACUCAUGUGGCAAAUUGUGGUUAUGCUCCUGUGUUGUGUUCAAAUCCAGAGUGUGGUAUGGUCAUCAACAAACGAGAAAGAGUCCAUCAUGAGACUGAAAUUUGUCGACAUAGAAAAGUGAAGUGUCAUGACUGUGGACAGAUACUGGAAGAUGUGGGAACAUUGAAAGGAAGUUUAAUGGAACUGGAUGGGAAAGUCAUGAAAGCAAUGAAGGAACUGGAUGGAAAAGUGGAUCAAAUCAAACAAGAAGUUAAGAAAGAAGUAAAAGAUGUAAAAGAAAGUGUUUCAAAAGUGAACAAAGAUGUGGACGAAGUCAAAGUGAUGACGAGUCAAGUGUUAGAGAAGUUAAAUAUGCUUGAACAGCUUAACAAACUGCCAUCUCCGACUGCGGAAAUGUUGAAGACACCAAGGGAAGACAUUUUGCUUGCAGGUGGUGGUUACUUUUUCAGUGCAACUAGUAAAAGUGUGGAAAUAUAUUCCUGGGAGAAGAACGGUUGGUUUGAGGUGUCACCAAUGAAUGAAAGGCAUUGUGGAGCUUCAUCAUUUAUUUAUAAUGAUCAGUUGUUUGUUGUUGGGGGAGAGCAUAGUAAGACAAUAGAGACCUUGGAUCUCAAUAAAGUGCCUUUGAAAUGGAUGAAAUGUCCAGGGGAACUUCCUUAUUAUGGUGAUGAUCAUCAAACCGUUGUUUACCAACAGCGUAUCAUUCACAUUGGUGGAUAUAAAUACGCCCAAGGAAGACGGUCUAACAUGAUUGGUGAAUUGCAACUUAUGCAUCAGUCAAUUCUAGCAUUGCCCAUCCCCCCCCCCGGGCAACCCCCGGGCAUUUGCACUCUUUUUUUGCCCGGGGGCCGGGCAUUGGUACUUGCAAAGUUGUCCCGGGGGCGGGGAAUUGUUUACCGGCCGGGAAUUUGACUCAACCGGACGUUUCUGCGACGAACACGUGCUAUUAUAAUAAAAUGGCGUCGAAGAAUUCGGGCGUAAAAACGAGGAUUUUGUCGAUAUUUUCAUUCACAAAACGUCACACCAAUCGCACAUGAGAACUAAUUAAAGUUGUGUUUAACUAUCUAGCAUAAAAACACCUGAAUUCAUAGUACAAUCCUUGUUUUAUAUCUUGCUACGUGAUUGUAUAUUAACCACUGAACCGAUCGAGCACGUUUUUCAUAUUCAAAAGUUGGGAUGACUGCUGUAGCUUUUUAUAUACGAGGAAGCUAAUAAUGUUAUGGAAGUUUUGAGAUCUAAAAUACAUUCUAUAAAUGAGUCGGUGUGCGCUGGGGCCGGGCAUUUGUCAUCUUAUUUUUUGCCCGGGGGCGGGGCAUUGCCACGCUUUUUUUGCCCGACCCCCGGGAAUUGUCAACUUAAAGAAAAAAAAAGUGCAAAUGCCCGGGGGUUGCCCGGGGGGGGGGAUGGGCAAUGCUAGAAUUGACUGAUGCAUUACCUCACCUGGCACUAUGAAAAAGUUGUGCCAAAUGCCUGAGCCACGAGAUUCUCAUGGUGCCGAGAGUUUUGAAGAUAAGGUCACGAUUUUGGGAGGAGAAGAUGAUAACAGUUGUCCUUUAAAUAGUGUGUUGGAGUUUGAUGUAAAGAAGAAUGAAUGUAAGGAGAUGCCACCAUUACCACAUCCCAUGACGAAAAUGGCAACUGUUCACUGGAGAGAUCAAGUAGUUGUGCUUGGAGGGCGUGAUGAGGAUAUUCAAGCUCUAAAUGAUGUUUUCAUGUAUGACUGCAAGACGGGCAAGACCACAGCUUUACCAUCCAUGUUGGAGAAGAGAUAUGAAUGUUGUGCAGUUGUUACUGGAAAUACCAUUGUAGUGAUGGGAGGUGAGAAUGAGAAAGAAGAACAUCUCAGUUCAGUAGAGUGUUUUACAAUGGGAGGUUCUACAUGGGAGUAUCUUCCUGCCAUGAAUGAAGUCAGGUUCAGAGCAGUUGCUGAAGUUUUACCUCCCACAAGAAAAUAUGUGUAAGUUUGACACUUAGACACACUGUUAAAUGUUUAUUCAAAAUGCAUAAGAUUGUCUUAGAACAGGUCAAAUUUCCUCAUUUUAAUUAACCACCUAAGAGGGAAUUCUUGACUAAGGUAAUGUUAUACAGAGUGUCUCAACAAAAGGUAAUCUCUGUUUGGCAUGUUAUUGUGUAUUACGUAUAUAUAUGUAUGGCCAAAUAUAGGGGUGCACCGGAUUUGGAAUUUUCAAAUCCGGCCGGAACCGGAUUUGGACAAAAAUUCCGGCCGGAUUUGAGAUAAACCGGUAAUGGCAACAAUUGGGGGAUAAAUCAGUAUUCAAAAUGGCGGUUUAUGUUUUUUACUAUUUUUAGUCAGUUUAGAUUUUUGAUUGUGUUUAAACCUUUUUUAAAUAUAUUUUUGUUAAUAACUUAAUAUUUUGAAAUAGUAUAAGUUUUUUUUAAACUUUAAAGCUGCCAAAUUGGUGAAUUUUUUAAGGUGAAAACAGAAAUUUAAAUCCGGCCGGAUUUUCUCCAUUUCAAAUCCGGUGCACCCCUAGCCAAAUAUGAUCAGAUUUAACCCAUUGAGUGCCAGUGCUCUCCCCUUGACAAGUAAAAUCAUAUGGCAUUUAUAGGCAGAGUAAAUUAAUAAAGUAGGACACAGCGACUUUAAUCGGUUAACUAGACGCAGAGGUUCUGAUUUACCCUGGGCAUAGCAAUUAAACAGUGUACAUUAGGCACAAUGUAACUUAAUGGUUAAGUGACUGGUCGAAAUAACAUUUUUCCACCAUUUGGAAUUGCCUGUGAAACUAUUGUCUGUGUAUCCAAAUUAUUGUUAUUUCAAUAUUGAUUGGUUAUGUUUUCAUUGCAAGACAUAGUGUAAUAAUGACUAAGACUGAAAUGAACACAGUUUGGGAAGGUUGUAGGGUGUUGUAGAUGGAAAUUUUUGAGUGGAAAUUUAUAGACAUUUAUUUAUUAGACCAGAAUCGCAGGACUUCGGGUCCGAUUCUUGCCCGGGACCUAUAGUUGCAUAAAUAAAUGUAUAUAAAUUUCUACUCGAUAGUUUCCAUCUACAAGACCAUUAUUCAUUCGAAGAUUGUGUGGAGGGUUGACCAAUCAAAAGUGCAUCUUUUUCAAUUAUUAAAUUACUAUUAAUUAAACUACAAAAUAGUAGUUAAGCGUUUUAUACAACUGGUCCCUGAAAUAUUUCAACUUCUUAGAUAAAUUGUUGAUCCAAGUAUUUUAUAAGGUAUUAGAAGUUAGUAUAUAAUAUGUAAUAAAAUGAAAAUUAAAAUUUGUUGCAGUCUUUUGUAUAUUCUGUACGAAAUAAUGAAUAGGUUAAUAUUAAAUAAUAAUAUUCCUGAACAAUUUAUGUGUGAACCGUAUUGAUCCCCUGGGUGCCUGGCUAAAAGCGCCUUUAUGAGCGGAUAUUUACGAUUUUCCAAUACUCUUUGAUUGAAAAUUGCCGUUUAUAACCGCAUUCACGUAUAAAAAUCCGUAGAUCUGAAGGCUCUUCACUUUUUCUCUGCCUUCCUUGGGUACGCCUUGCUUGCAUCAUUUCUUCAUUAACCAAGAAGUGUAUCUUAAUAGACCUUUAAGGUAAUUACGUCACGACAUGUGAUUAGGUGAACUUUUGGUAUAAAAAACAAAGGAAAACUAAUUUGCACUUCACCUAAUGACAUCAUAUCUGGAAACUUUGACAGUGAAAAAGUUGACCAAGAUGAGACUUUUUAUUAUAAAGAUAUAUUACAUUUCUUUUUCGAAUGACCCAAAUAUUACAUAUACCAAAAAUCAUAUUUGUGGUUAGUCGUACUAUUGUGUAGAGUAUAACAUGAAUACUCUCUACAUUAUAUGACAAACCAGUUUCAUAUCAUUUAAAAUUAUUCUGAGACUGCAGAGUACUACAAAUCAUUCAUUGUCCUGGGCGGGAUUCGUACUUCCGGUUUCUAGACCGCCGGCUAGGCAUUGACCUAUCAAGUCAACGGGGAUUGGUAGCGAGUCUUAAGUGCACGAAAUAUUUUUGCGACGACUUGACGCUUGUUUUGGAAGCAAUUCCUUUUCAGAACCAUCCUAUGAAAAACUAGUUAGAUAUGGAAAUCUUGACCUUGUUUGACUGAAAAACUGGUUCUGAAAUUCUAUGACGAGUUCAAAGCAUUUUUGGCUAAACUGCAUGAAAACAACAUCAAGAAUAGGAUGCGGACAUUUGUAUUGCCGUGCAAGCUUGUCGGACACAUAAUAAACAAUUCUUCACAAUUAAAUUUACAAUUUCAAGAUUAUAAUUUAUAGCUUUGUCUAUGGCCACAAGAAUGCCAGAAUGAGCAUAAUAUUCUGAAUCGGUCUUCUCAAUACUCUACCUCGGUAUUAAUCUCAAAAUAACCUAUACAUAUCACCGUUUCUAUGUACAUUCCGUAACGCUAGAAAAUUUAUGUCCUGAACGAGACCACAGAGUCCAGCAGAUCUGUGAAACAUACAGUGUCAGCAUCACCUGGUAACAUUUGGUUGUCGGGUAUCACAAUGAACUUAAUCAUAUUUAGUGUCAAAAUCAGAACUAAACUCGUUCAUUUUCUAGGACACUGGCACAACAAUGGUACUGCGUGAACUUGCAAAACUAAACAACACAAGACAAGUCCGUGUUCAUACGAUAUCAUUUAACUGUGACGACAGGUGAGAGUCUAGGGUUCAUCUGAUGAUAAGACAACUACAUUCAUAUUACAGGAACCAGAGAUGAAAUGCACAUAAACAAACAACGUUACAUCAUCAAUAUUCUCUUAUUUUUUCAGCUCUGCAAAUAAAUUUCUUCAACUACUUGCAGGCCAGACAGGAGGAAGGUAAAAGUGCAAAAAUAUUCUCCAUUUCAUUUAUACCUCGUUAAAAAAUAGAGAGGAAAAAUCAGCUGCGAAUUGAGAGAGAUAACAAGUACCUGAUUGGUUUAUAUUUUAUCACGUGAUUGCUUUUAUAUUCACUAGUAUAAAAGCUCAUGUAAUUCUCCCGAUCUACACUACCACAGAGUAAGUGCAUACAGAGGUCACCAGGGACCGCGGAGCGUUUGGGGAAUUGGUGGGGCUUACGCGAGCGCCGAAUACCGCUUGGGGUGUCUGUGGGCAUCCCCCCCUCCCCCCGGAAAAUUUUGAAAUUUAGGCCUCUAAAAUGGCUGCAAAUGCUUCUAAAUUUAGCGGUUAUCGGAAAAUAGUAGACACUUUUGUGUCCAAGUUAUUUAGGAAACUACGGAAAAAUUAUUGAUGGGGCUAAAGCCCUGGUAACAUAGGUUAAUUUAGCGUAAGGGAUUUUCUAAGUCCGCCAUGCAUGCUCUUAGCAAGUAUCCUAAGGAGAGACCGUCACCCCCUGAAAACAAAUUGAAAUUUAAUGGCAAAAAUUUUGCAGACCCAACCAUUAAAAACUAAAAAAAUUUGAUUAUCCAACCUCAAAUAUCAAUUUAAAAAAUAAAUACCCAUCCCCGGCCAUGUCUUUUACCACUUCUGUGACAUGAGUUCGAUAACUGCUUGUGCAGUUUUCUGCAGUUUAAAGUUUCAUGUUGUCUGCACAUGUACUCUUUCUUUGGAGACACCACUUGUCUUCCAACAAAUCGGAAAAUGAUCAAGAUAGUGACUUUGAUUGAUUUACAUAUUGUAUCGUAUUGUAUUGACAUGUGAUCGUUGACAUUGCUUUUUAGUCUCCAAUAUUUCUGUGAGUCAUGCUUUGGAAAUGACAAUCAAAUUUUAUCAUCCAAUCCUUGAGUUGUUUUGUUUUGUUUUUCAUUUACCCAACCUUUUACUCACUCAAAAUUUUGUUUACCCAACCCUUUUCUCUUCGGUGCCUCCCCCCACCAUAAAUUAGAGAGUUUGGCAAAUACAAGGGCAACGGCAAUAUGGUCAUCAACAAUAGCGUUAAUCCUCAAAGACAAAGGCGAAUGUAAAUUACAUGGUCUUAAGCGUUGUGCAAUGCCGUAGUUGUUGAAACUAGUACGUGAUUUGCAUCAUUUUCACGGUGCAUGACUAAGGCAACAGGUAAUUCGUUCGAUGUUAUUUGAGGUGUUUUAUUUGAAUUCGCGGACUAUUUUUACUUAAGGGUACGUUUGAAAGAAACAGGAAUACUUAAAGAGGCAAACUAAGUGUAGUAACGUAUACUUUGGCUCAAAUACAACAAUAUAAGCAAUUAUAUUUUUCCCGUUGUCGUUGUCGUUCUAGGUUGCCAAACUCCCUAAUGACCGUUCCCUAAAGAGAGCCAGAUAUGCGCAGUAAAAACUACCUUAUGGUUUUCCCGCGGAAGUGAGACCUCUGCAUGUUGCUUACUCUGUGACAUUAGAGAGUUUAAGUUCGACUACCAAUACCGAUACCAAUGUUUUCACUUCCGUUCUCAUUUUGGUAUCGGGAAUUUUAAAGCGUUAAGUUAUCACGACAGUUAAAGUAUAGAACACAUUAACCGUCACCGAAAAAGUGCGGUAUACUAAACGGCAGCUGAGCUAAAAUUCCGACUAAAACAUGACUCAGGCGAUGCUAAUAAACAAAUAGUUUACAUGUUUAUCGUAAAAAUUAUCAAAUAUCCGAUUUGUAUGAGUUUAUCUUACAAUUCCCCCGACUUCCAAUACAAGGCCGACUUCCAAUACAAGGCCGACUUCGGUAGUGGUGACUUCCAAUACACUUGUCCUCGUGCUUCUUGCGAGCAGAGAGCAUGCGCAUGACAUGUUGUUAGUAUCGGUAUUGGUAUCGGAAGUCGAACUUAAACUCUCUAUUACUAACGUGCCGACGAAGUGCCGUCGCUCGAAAGGUCGAAGUUCUGCUUAUAUUUUUCAGGUAUUUCUAUCCCCCUCAAUCCACAGCUGUCUCGGUUAUCCUCGCUACCUACACUGACACAGACAGUUUGAGAUUGUGUCACAAAGGAAAAAUCAGAGCAUACUAUAAGAUAACAUGCAGUCAAUGAUAAGUUUUCAAAUUUUUUUUAGAUUUCACCGAAGUCAGUCAGAGGCUGCCGGUCAUCUGCUAGCUCACAGAUUGUUGACAGAAAAAGUUCGUUCUGACGAGGUAACCAGUGCAGACUGCUCCAUUUACUGUUCGGAGUAUUCCGAAUUUUUGGAACACUUUUUUUUUUUUUUUUACUGACCUAGGGCCCAUUUUACUCAGGAAAAUUCACCAUUAUUAACUCAAUUACAAUUGGCAAAGCAGCAGGCUAGCAUUCAGGAGGUUUCGAGUUCAAUCCCCGCGUGUGACACGUAACAGCUGUAACAGCUUUUAUUCAGCAAAACAACUGCAGAUCACUUGCUAUGAACUUUUAUAAUUUUCAGGCUCUCACAGUACCAGUAUUCGAAGGAGAUGACUUACGUCGGUUAGUCAGUGAAAUCACUCUGUGUAGAAAAUUUCUUUUGCAAGCAAGAUCGUACAGGUAUGCCUAACCAUGCAUAGAUGUUUCACAAGAUAGCUGCAUACCUCGUCUCAGUCCACUUAUAGCGCGGUCUGGUUUGUACCUUCUUGCCGUACCUCCCUCUGGUGAUUACGUUCUUAAUUGUCAACGGUCGUACCCUGAACCAUGAGCACCCUCCUUCCUCCCCCCCCCCCAGGUCUGGUUAGGUCCAUCCUUAAUUGCUAACCCCUGUUUCCAACCAUUAACCCUACCUGAGAUGGACUGAGAUAGUUUAUGUAUCCUAAGAUGAAACCAGGGCGCUUAUGAAACUCACUGCGAAUAUUAACAUCUUGUGAACUCAAGAUUCGAGCUAUUUAAACAAGAUAACAAAAUUCAAGAUAAUAUUUCGACUUUAUUGCAAAGUCAUUUACAAAAGCGUGCUGCGAUCUUGUUAAAAUAUGACUUUGUCGAAAUAACAAGUCGAAAUAUUACCCCGAAUUUUGUUAUAUCUUGUUUAAAUAGGUCGAAUCUUGAGUCUACAAGAUGUUAAUAUUCGCAGUGUGUUUCAUCUUCUACUUUUCGAAGUUGUGUGCUGGUGAAGGAUUGUGUACACAUGUGUUUAAUGUUUUCUGAAAUUUUCUCAUUUUCUGUAAAUUUUACACAGGACACUGCUUCACGAGUACGCUCAGGGCGCCGAGAAAAAGCAGGAUCCAUCGAAACAGUACUUUCAGACAAGUGCGUAGAAUAUAUCAAAUAUCAUGUUGAAAAAUCCUAUCACAUCUCUAACAAAGUUUUGUCCAGAAAGUUUUGCUUAGAUUUUUGCAAUGUUUUGUUUUUCAGGUGCGCCAAAAUCGUCCAAAAUAUCCCUAGGUAACCCUACAACGAGUGAAAUAUUGGCGAACUAACUUUUGUGAUAUUCACACCGUCAUCCAAUCAUCCAUGCUCAAUAUGGUGAAUGGACAAGGAUGGCCUGUCGAGCGGAACAUCAACGCAUAAACCUCAGAUCUGGUCACCACGUUAUGUUCACAACUUGUGCUGUGAGAUCGGUUGGAGUGUGGGGGGAGGAGGGCGUUAGAUGGGGGCAACUUUCCUCACGUCCUCCUUGAUAGGAGGUCUUUAUUGUGAGAGCACCGAGUCCCUUCUCAAGUCCGGGCUAGAUAUGAGUACAAAUUUUAAAACAUUAGCAGAUGUAUUCAUUUCAAAAUAUUCAAGAAAUAACAUUGGUUGUAAUAUAGGACAAUCUUAGUUAAAUGUUGUAUAAUAUUAGUUUUUUGUAGUUUCACUGAAAAACAACAUGUUCAUUUUUAUUGCGCAGAGCUUUUGAGCCGUAAGCCCGGAUCUUCAUCCGUACACUGGUGACGAUUCGGAUUUACGGAUUGAGAAUUUUACGAUAAUCACUCGGGGUGCGAUAAUUCGAGAUUUUUAGCUGUACUUGAGCUGGUACAAACUUAAUAAGACUCCAGGUGAACUUAGUCUUUAAGAUAAAGUACUUUAACAUAAAGUAUUCAUUUCGAAAUAUAAAACUGAGUUAGAUCAUGAAGGAUCACAAAAAUAUGCAAUUCACUCAAACAUUCCUCAGUGCCAUCUUGUCUCAUCAUAGAUUGUAAAAUAACUGGAUAGGAAACUUCCUGACGUCACAGUCUAAAACCUAGUUGCAAUCUGUGACGUCACGUGUAUUGCCAAAGUUCUCGGUAUUUUUGUUGUUUCGCUAUAUUUUCCGCUUUAAAAGAGUAAUAUUGAAGUAUAAACUGGUCUAAUUGUUUUAAAGACAUGCCUAAGCCACGACAAAGUAUUCAAGGUAAAUGUUUUUCGUCUUUGUUUUGUAUUUUUUUACAUUUGUAGCUACGAAAUUGGCGUUGCUAAUUUUAACGAAAUUUGCGAUGCAUUUUUCACUGUUUAGUGCUUGAAAUAUUUGCUAAAAUUGACCGGGAAUACUUAGAGAUUUCAUCGUAGAAUGGCCUAGUUAUAUUUAUUUGCUCUUUGACAAAAAUGUUUAGCUGUAUUAUCGCUAAACAUGCCGUUUUUGAGAAUUUGGUGUGCAACUAGGUUUCAAGCCAUCAUCCCAUUAAAACAUUAGGGCACGUCAGCUAGUUUCCUAUCCAUGUAUUUUAUUAUCCAUGGUCUCAUCAAUCCAAUCAUGUUUCAACAAUGACAGUUUUACAUAAAUACUGAAAUGUUUGCUGGUCAUAUGCGCGAUGGUACCAGCAAAAUGUAAAAGCUGUAAACAAAGAUGUAUACCAGACCUCAACAUCCGCAUACCUGGCUUCAAUAACGUAAGUAGGCGAAUUUAUAGCACGCUGCUAUUAAUACUUUUACACUGUAAAUACGACUAAUAUAGGAUAUAUUAUAGUAUAUGUAUUAUAUAAUUUUGGACAUAUUUUGUGGUAAUAUAUCACACACGAAAAUGACCAUAUUAUUUAUUUUUGAUUUGCAUCUGACGUCAUAGCGGCCAUGUUGGUGGAACGCUAACAAAAGAAUAUCAUUAGCAGCUAUUGAAAUAUUGUAUUGGGGUGUGUUUUCCUCCGACAUGACCUCUCAAUAGUGAUUUGAAAUCUCGAAAAGUGUGCUAAAACUACGAGCGCUAGCCGAGUUUUUUACCCUGCUUGAGGUGUUUUAAAUCCCUCAAAUCAACCCAUUUUUGUGUAUUAUAUAACUUUCAAAUGAAGAAGUAUUUAUUAAACAUAAUUUCAGGGUGAUAUCAACUUUCAUGGCAAUGCUUUCGUUUGUGUUUUACUCAUGAAUUAAGUUUGGGGAAGAGUGCUAUUGAACUGAUAAACAUUUAUGGCAACGUUUAACUUCCAUAUAACACGACAAAGUCAAAGAAUUCUUCCGUUUUUUUAGCAAGUCCCAGAGGAAAAUGUUUUCGUUUGGUAAACUUAUAAUUAUGUGCAUAUAUUAAACUUGAAUGCUCUAGUCAGAAUUUUACGGAACAAAACGGCUUUUAAAAAAUACAUUGCUUGUCCUUUGUUAUGGCAAACCCCGCAGGAGAAUCUUUUGUUCUCAUUGAAUAAUCAUACAUUUUUUCCAUACAAUCAACCAGUCUGUCUGCAAAAGUCAGACGACGAAGAACUCGAAUAUCUAUAAACUCUGGCAAACAAUUCGACAAACGAUGAGAAUGUAAAUGACUCUACAAUUCAACAAUCAGACCAAACGAGUACUUCUAAAGACAUGGCGAGGUCUUAUGGCAAAUAUGAAAAGUUGAAAGACAUCCCAGACAAUUUGUACGGUAUGUUUGUUUGCGUCGGACUUUCGCUUGUAAAGACUUAAAUAUUUUGUGGUUUACUUUUUGGUUUUGCAUCGAAGUACAAUAAGGCCCGGUUUAGACGGCGAACUUUUCAUGCGCCGAAUCUAAUGCAAGGAUUAAGUGCGACGUUGGAGCGGCGUCUAAAUCAAUUAAGUUCGGCAGGUUUUGAUUAAGUUCGACACGACUCGAAGAUGCGACAGGACAAGUCGUAUAUGCGACACAGGUUCGACAUUGAUUUAGACGCCGUGCUUUUCAUGCGCCGAACCUAAUGCAUAAUUAUUUUUUAACAUCAUAAUAUGAUUAUCAUAUAUUUGCAUUGUAAAUAUUUCCAACAUAAUGUCUUCGCAAUUUGGUACGGUGCAAUUAAGUUCGACGUCUAAAUCAGUUUCCCAUAUUUUGCCGUAUCUACGACAAUUAGAUUCGGCGCAUGAGAAGUUCGCCGUCUAAACCGGGCCUAAGGCAGCGUUUACACUGUACCGUUUUCGUAGCGUUCUCGUAUUGUUCGAGAGAACUAGACUAUUGUCUUGCGUUCCCUUGAGGAUUAAGAACAAUACGAGAACGCUACGAAAACGGUACAGUGUAAACGCUGCCUAAAAUAAUAUACAAACGAGAACCGCUGGAAUAAGUUGUCUUAUGCUGGAAUAAGUUGUCUUAUUCUUGGGUUUCACUACAGCAUGCAGUGAAUCUGACGGGGGUCAACCUCAAAUGUAUUGAUGCUUAUGCUUUAUAUGAGAAACGAGCUGGUCAGGUGCGAUCUCAGUCACGUUUGAUAACAUUUUCCAGAUCAAGGCUUUAUUCCACCUGACUGGGAUGGACAUUUUUUGCCGAUUUUGACCCGCUAUAAUAUAGUAUUGACAGUCGUAUAAACACAGAUAAAAUUCAUCCCAUUCAGGUGACCUUUCCGGCAAACUGAGCCUGGGAACGAGGUUGCUCAUAUGCAUGAACAUGCAUUCUCGUACCCAGAGCCCUUCUUACGCGUGGUGCGACGAGGGGCUCUGGCCAAAUCCAUAUCAAACUGGCAUCUGAUUGGCUACAACGAAGGUUAUUGUUCUAAUACCGGAUAUAUUCUUUUACCAUGUUUUUAUGGUAUCCGGUUUUGGAUUUGGCCAGAGCCCCUCGUUGCACCGCGCGUAAGAAGGGCUCUGGGUACGAGAAUGGUGAACAUGCAGUCCCAAAGAUCAAUCUUGGAUUAUUUCAUUACUCCAUUAGUGGAUGUAACCUUUCGACUAGGAAAAUUCAAAUUUUUAUUCAUAAUUUUUGUUACUCGUGUCAUUAGGUCUUGAUGGAAGAUUAAUAUCUUCAGGUAGCAAAUUCUUUUGUUCGUUUUGCAAACACUUUUAAAAACAUAACCCAAUAAAAUUUUAAAAACAUAACCCAAUCAUUUAGGCAAUAGCCUGUUGGGAAAUCCGCUCACCAAUAUUAAGUGAGAAACUCGCUAAACAAUAAACAAUAAACAGAAAAAUGCAACUAUAUUGCCGGGCCAUCUGGCUCUGCAUGGCAGGAAUCGAACCUAACGGCUUUGCGAUUCCGGCGGUACAGCCACUCUAAUCAACUUAGCUACAGAGUCCAGUUGUCGAGCGGUUAGCACUAUUUUCUAUCCAGCAAACUGACCUGACGUCAUUUUCGCAAGAUAGAAGAGGUGUUAAAUGGCUAUGUAACUAACCCAAACCCUACCCCUACUCUAACCCUAACCUCAACCCUAACUCUAACCCUAACCGAAUUAAUAAAAAAAUCCAAAAAGAAACAACUUUACAAAAUCGAUAGGGCGGUUUGCUGGAUGGAAAAAAGUGCUAUCCUUGUCGAGCUGUAACCGCAAGUUCAUGUAUAUAUACUAUAAGGUGAUGCCAGUCAGCCAGUGUAAGGUGUAUGUGAGGAACCAUUAUGCCACUAUCGUCGCAUUUUUCGCAGCUGCUCUAGCUCAAGUCCAAAAAUGUAUACAAUUUUCACUCGGAAUUUCUAUCUACAAAAACCCCUGUAACAUUUACUUCUAUCGAACGAGGUACUGAUUAAGAAUUUGUUGCUUUCUUUCAGACGAAGACACCAACGUUGAUGUAGGAGAUUCUUUCGAUGAAAAUAGCAACCAAAAUGAUGUAAGUGUGCAAGUAAAAAUAAUUUAUUAGACUGUUUAUUCGACCAAACAUUGCUGGUAACUUUGGAGAGGUUCAGAUUUGACUUCCACUACCGCUACCAUGCACUACCAUUCACGGGAUUAGGACGCAUCUGACUGGUUAAUCAGGUAGUAGAAAUGCAUGGUCCCUUCUUAAUAGUAGCGGUAGUGGAACCUCAAAUUUGAACCUCUCUAUUAUCGCACUUUUUCUGUGUUUGUUUCAAUGAUUGCAAGAUUGCAAGUACCACGCAGGCACUUCAUUCAAGUAGCACGCAGAUAUUCGGUCAAGUACCACACAGGCACUUCAGUCAAGUAGCACACAGACACUUCAGUCAAGUAGCACACAGACACUUCAGUCAAGUAGCACAAUUAACCACAUGAAAUUUCCAUGCCCAAUAUAUUCAAACCCAUGAUUAAGUAGGCAUAUGUGUCUGCAUGUCUGAAAAACGAUUGGACUGGUGGAACCGAGGAAUGUUUCAGUCGUGUUUGUAUAUGCAGUUAUGCUGUCUUGUUUUAACUCGUAGUUUCAUGUUGGUAUUUUACAAUAAGCUGCCGUGGUUUGUACUGAAUGAAUACCUCUCAGAACCCUGUACUUUAUGUAUUUUAUUUCCAAGACAAAGUACAUCUUGAGUCUUGGCAAUAAUCACUGGACUACCAGUCAGGUACGACUAAAAUCUCGAAUUAUCGCGCCCAGGAAAUUGUAUAUGUCUCAAAUUGUAUAUAGGAAUUAGGAAAUAACACCAGCAUCUGUUACGAAAUUGAUGUCAUGACCUUUGAUCAUAUGAUUUCACAUUUCCAAGUAUUAUGAACAAUCUCGGUUUGUUACAAUCUCGUUUGUUAUUGCAAAACCAAAGCUAUAAAGGCGGAAGUGUUUCAAAAACCUGGCCUAUCUUUUGUCGUCGACGUAUUUGCUGUAAAGUUUAAGAUAAAUCUAAAAAAAUACCAUUCGUAUUCUGUUCUUACUCUUACCAUGGAAAAAGAAGCAAUGUUUUGUGAGCUGUAAACACUAUGGCGAUUUGCCCGACAAAAGAGAAAACAUAUGGUUACGAAGACUCUCGGUUUGAGAAAGAUGUCGACGAAAAUUUUCACUGUUCUAUCUGUUACAAUGUUCUCAAAGAACCAAGGAUGUGCAGAAAUAACGAACACAUCUUUUGCCUUGGCUGUAUCAGUGAACACCUACGUGUAAACUCUCAAACUUGUCCUGAAUGUAACGAUCAUUUGAGCGUACAUACGCUUCGCAGAGCACGUUUAGCAAGUAAUUAUUUGUCUAAGCUCAAGAUAAAUUGUGAUCAUGCCAGUCGAGGAUGUGCUGAGUUGUCCUGUCUUGAAGAUCUCGAAACUCAUGUGGCAAAUUGUGGCUAUGCUCCUGUGUUGUGUUCAAAUGCAGAGUGUGGUAUGGUCAUCAACAAACGAGAAAGAGUCCAUCAUGAGACUGAAAUGUGUCAGUACAGGAAAGUGAAGUGUCAUGACUGUGGACAGAUACAGGAAGAUGUGGGAACAUUGAAAGGAAGUUUAAUAGAAUUGGAUGGCAAAGUGGAAGCAGCAAAUAAAGAAAUGAAGAAAAGUGUGGGUAAAUUGGAAGGAAGUUUAAAGAAACUGGAUGGAAAAGUAGAUCAAAUUAAGCAAGAAGUUAAGAAAGAUGUAAAAAAUGUAAAAGAAACUGUUUCAAAAAUGAGCAAAGAUGUGGACGAAGUCAAAGUGAUGAUGAGUCAAGUGUUAGAGAAGUUAAAUAUGCUUGAACUGCUUAACAAACUGCCAUCUCUGACUGAGGGAAUGUUGAAGUCGACACCAAGAGAAGACAUUUUGAUUGCAGGCGGUGGUGAAAUUUUUAGUGCAACUAGUAAAAGUGUGGAAAUAUAUUCCUGGGAGAAGAAUGGUUGGUUUGAGGUGUCACCAAUGAAUGAAACGCAUUCAGGUUCUUCAUCAUUUAUUUAUAAUGAUCAGUUAUUUGUUGUUGGAGGAAUGCUUAGCAAGACAAUAGAGACCUUGAAUCUCAAUGAAUUGCCUUUGAAAUGGAUGAAAUGUCCUGGAGAGCUUCUUUAUGAUGGCUUUGAUUAUCAAACUGUUGUUUGCCAACAACGUGUGAUUCACAUUGGUGGAUAUUGUUCUGACCAAUUGAGCACUUCUAACAUGAUCAGUGAAUUGCACCUUACCUCACCUGUCACUAUGGAAAAGUUGUGCCAAAUGCCUGUGCCACGAGAUUCUCAUAGUGUCGAGAGUUUUGAAGAGAAAGUCGUGAUUGUGGGAGGAGAAGAUCGUAAUGAUCAUCCAUUAAAUAGUGUGUUGGAGUUUGAUGUAAAGAAGAAUGAAUGUAAGGAGAUGCCACCAUUACCACAUCCCGUGACGAGAGUGGCAACUGUUCGCUGGAGAGAUCAAGUAGUUGUGCUUGGCGGGCGUGAUGAGGAUCGUCAAGCUCUGAAUGAUGCUUUCAUGUAUGACUGCAAGACGGGCAAGACCACAGCUUUGCCAUCCAUGUUAGAGAAGAGAUAUGAAUGUUGUGCAGUUAUUACUGGAAAUACCAUUGUAAUCAUGGGAGGUGAGAAUGAGAAAGGUGAAGCUCUCAAUUCAGUGGAGUGUUUUACAAUGGGAGAUUCUACAUGGGAGUAUCUUCCUGCAAUGAAUAAAGCCAGGGACGGAGCAGUUGCUGAAGUUUUACCUUCCACAAGAAAUUAUGUGUAA